GUUAUAAAUAAACAAGAUGACACAACCUAGUUUCGUUUUGUCGCUCUUUCGUGGAAACAGGAAUGAAAGUAUCAGUGCCCUGGCUUGCACCAAUACUGCACACUCUGUCUGGAGAGCGUUUGACAGCAGGACACGAUGGACGGCAGUAGCUACCACGCGUCAGUAAUUUCAUUUAAAACCAGUGAAACCUCCCCUGCAGUGCUGAAGCUGGACAUAAAAUGGGGCGACAUGUCCCGUGUUCUUGUUGCCGUUACCAACCAGUUGGGCUAUCUGGAACGUAUUCUGUUCCUGGAGAGAUGUGAGUCCCACAACUUCGUGUGGUCGGGGUUCACAAACUCCCAGCUGUACACCGUCCUGGUGUGGGGCCUGAAAGACAGCCCAGCUACCGGCGCCGUCACAGACCUGAAAGACAACCCAGCUACCGGCGCCAUCAUAGACCUGAAAGACAACCCAGCUACCUGCGCCAUCAUAGACCUGAAAGACAACCAAGCUACCGGCGCCAUCAUAGACCUGAAAGACAACCCAGCUACCUGCGCCAUCAUAGACCUGAAAGACAACCCAGCUACCUGCGCCAUCAUAGACCUGAAAGACAACCCAGCUACCGGCGCCGUCAUAGACCUGAAAGACAACCCAGCUACCUGCGCCAUCAUAGACCUGAAAGACAACCCAGCUACCAGCGCCGUCAUAGACCUGAAAGACAACCCAGCUACCGGCGCCGUCACAGACCUGAAAGACAACCCAGCUACCUGCGCCAUCAUAGACCUGAAAGACAACCCAGCUACCUGCGCCGUCAUAGACCUGAAAGACAACCCAGCUACCGGCGCCGUCAUAGACCUGAAAGACAGCCCAGCUACCUGCGCCAUCAUAGACCUGAAAGACAACCCAGCUACCGGCGCCGUCAUAGACCUGAAAGACAGCCCAGCUACCUGCGCCAUCAUAGACCUCAAAGACAACCCAGCUACCGGCGCCAUCACAGACCUGAAAGACAACCCAGCUACCGGCGCCGUCACAGACCCAAUGGUGGCAUCAUACACUGUGGAGGCAUUUGAGAGGAUUUCAAUUCCACAAUCAGGUGAACCAGAAGAGAGGGUACGUGUUCUUGACCUUGCUGGAGGGAAUCAUUUCGGCUUUUUGACUAUGAAAGACUUGCUGAAAUCACAGGAAGUUCUCGAGAUGGAGGUUGAGCACAAGCCACCACUGGACUACAGCCUCAAGCCUACAGGACCUUCUGACAGCGAGGCAGGUCUGUGUGUUGUGUUCUGUGAGAGAAGUCAGAAGGAGUACGUUGUGAUGUCGUCUGCCCCGGUCAGUGCCGGCAUCCCACUCCUGCCUGUCUGUCGGUCCAGGACCAACUACAAGGUCAGAGCUAUCGGGCUAACAAAUAACAAAGGUCACACAUUCAGACAACUGUCUCCAGUCUGCCAACAAAACACCCCCUGUGGAAGCUCAAACAUCAUCCCCAUCAAGACCUACAUGUCCAAAGAAGAUCUUGCAAAACUCCAGGAGAAGGCAGAAACAUACUGUCGGAACCACGCCCUAACUCCCAAGAAAUAUCCCAUCACACAGAUGUAUCGAAAUAAACCAAUAUCCUACUUUAAUGGCAUCAUGUAUAACAAGAAUGGUGUGAUGGAGAAAUACCUGAAGGACAACAAUGGCGACCCAUAUUCUGCGAUCAACAACAAGAUCAGUGGCCUCUUCUUCAGUGGGUCAUUUGACACAAGGGAAACAAAUCCUCCCCAACGGCCACCAAACUUCUCUUACUUUGGCGAAAUUCGACUUUUCGUCCCAGCAGAGGAACUGUUCACAUCAGACAUCAGAAUGUAUUUUGCUGACUUCUUUUGUCACUAUAAAGUACAUUAUGUCACAGUAGUUCUCACUAAGACAGGAUCAGAUGAUGAUAAGUUCUGUGAAGAAAGACUGAUCGAACUAGACUUGCAGACAAACCCGUUUUUCACUGUCACAGAAAACGUCCCACACAGAAGAAAUGAGAUGCCCGUUUCCCCCAAUUCUGAUGAGAACUCUGUGAGUAGAGACGAUUCUCAUCCUGCAUCAGAGGAACCCUCUUCCACCGAAACACCAAUGGCCAGGCCAGCCUCUCCAUCAUACACCAUCCAAGAGGUUGUCCAGAAGACGUUCACAAUGACAUCUGUGAACAAGUUCCAUGUGGAAUUCCUGUACACUGAGGAUGUCGACAUCAAGGGCCUGACGGAAAAAUGUGGGGGGGACAAAGUUUACCGAAGAACUGUUCUUGUUCGGGGCAAUGGACGAAGUUUGCCAGAAGGUAUUCCAAAGAAGGCCUCCUGUGGAACUUGCAACCUUUGCUACUGACCAGGGGUCCGGAAACCGUCAUAAGCACCGAACAUGUCCGAUUGGGAAUUUCAAAUGUCCGGUUUGAAAUAUUGCUUACCGGACAUUUAAAUUUUUCUGUCCGGACAUACGCUAUUUGAAGGGGGCGUGGCCUAAAUGCAAAUGUCCGAUUGGGAUUUUAAAUUUUCCUGGACCCCUGCUACUGACAUAACUAAAUCUCAGUUUUGUAUGUUUUGUCUCUUUUUUAAUGCUACACUUUUCAAUAUUCCUGCAGACAAAACACAUUUAACAUCGCAAUAAACAAUGAUUGUGGAUAUAGAUGUGUGGUGAACAAGAGUUGUUCCAAUGUGACUUACAAAAUCUCAUUGAACAGAUGCCUCUGUCCGGGUUUCUAACAAACAAGUGUCAUCUACAGUCCGCUUGACUCCAAAUGAGAACGAUGAAUUGCAAAAUAACUCGAAAUCCAGAAAAGUGUAUGAAACAUCAAUAGGGUACUUGACCAUGAAUACCCUGUACCCAACAAAAUCUGAAUUUUGUUUAUUUUAAGACCCAUGAUGGAUGAAGUUCUUUAAGAAACUAUCAUGUAAUUUUGUAUAGAAAUGUGUAUUAUGAGAUUUCAUGACAAUCGGUCACUUCGAUAAUGGUUUGAUUCUAUCUGUGAUAAAAACAUUUAAAAGAUA